AUGUCGGCUGAAGAUCUUGCCAAAGUUGAGGCAGCCCAGCAGGCUGUCUUGAAGAAGACACAUGGCGGUAAAGCUGGUGCUCAAUUCACGCAAGAGGUCAGAGAAUCACUUCUGUUCCAGUACAAUUGGAACGAAUUGCUCUCUGCAGCGCCCACCGCCAUCACUUUAGUUGGCGCGUGCCAUGUUGCGGCCGCUUCUCCUGAAGCAGCAGCCAUCAGUCUCGCCGAUGCCGUUCCCAAAGAAGGAUUCAAGUAUCUCCGGGUUGCUGCCAAACCCACACUCAGAGCUUGCCUUGUUUAUGUCGCUGGCGAAGGAGACAAGGCCUUCAGAAUCGCCGGUUCAAACAUGUCCGCUAUCGCAGGAACUUCCGGUGAGCUCAUCGAGACGGUCAGCCGCACCGUCAAGGCUAUCCAGAGCCUGCCAGACACGCAGAGAAAUCUCACCAAUGAGCUGGUUAAGCUCCGCAGAAUGUCGACCAAUUGCUUGACUUACGCUCAGGACACUGAGAAGGCUUUCGACACUUGGCUCUUGUCCGUUUCCGAGUUCCACCAAGCUUCGGUCCAGAAGCAUGGCACGACUGAGCAGGAGGCCCAGGAUAAUAUUUCGGCCAAGCUCCAAGCUGAGAUUGAAGCCAGUUACACGAACAAAGAGCUUGAGAAGUCUGACAAGGCUGCCGAGGACAUGAAGAAGUCGCUGGCGAAGCAGGAGAAGGCCUUCCAAGCCGCCAACGAUGCGGUCCCUUCCGCUUGGGAAACUUGUGCCAUGGGUGCUCUAACUGCAAUCACUUCCGCUGGCCCCAGUAUGAUUGCCCAGGCCCUCCCGGCCAUCAUCAACGGCGCCAACCCCAUGUCUGCAGUUGGUGGUCUCGUAGGAGCUCUAGGUCAGAUCGGCCGUGAGGGUGCCUUGAAUGCCCCUGGUGCUCCUAUUGCAGCAAAGGCUCUUCUCGGCGGAAGUGCAAAUCAUAACGGAGCCCAGACCGCAACCCAAACCGCAACUCUCCAAUUCCCCGAUGCCACACCCCAAACUGAUCCUGCCUACGUUGCUGCUCCUCUCCUCGCACCAUUCAUGACCACUCUCUUGACGUACCUCACUUCCGGUCCUGAGAACUCUCCAGAUUGGUCCAAGUUCAAGGAUACGGCUUCGACCACGGCAGGAAGUGAUGGUACUCAGGGAUUGACCUGGCUUCUCAGCAACCUGAAGAUGCAGCAGAAGUCUGCUAGUCUCGGUGCUACUGAGCCCAGUACCGAGCUUGGAGCAGCUUUCGAUGCCAGCAUUGCCAUCGUAGAGGAAAUCAAGAAGGAGGUCGCCAACCAGCAAAAGCUCAGUUCCGCCAAGACUGAUCCUGCGAUGAUCAAGAAAUGGCAAGAGGCCAUUACCAAUGCCAAGCUAACCGUCACUAAGCUUGAGGCGACAGCCAAGUCCUUCCCCGGUGCUUCAUCCAAUGCCCCCAAGCUAAACAACAUCUCCAUGGCGCCACCCAAAAACGACAACAGCGCCGUGACCGCAGCUCUCAACACCGCGACCGAGAAGCUUGCGCUGAACCAAAAGGCUCUCGAGACCGCUCAAGCCAAUUACUCCAAAGCUGUUGAGAAUGCAGCCGAGGUUCAAAAGAGACUCACUGGAAUUCAGACUAAACUCAAGGGCCUGGAGAUUGCAGGCGCCGCCUUGGAGCGUGUCAAGGAAAUUCUCAUCGACUGCAUUGGCAUCCUCGUGGAGUUGAAGGUUCAAAUCAGCAAGCUCACCACCUUCUUCAACGCCUUGUCCACCAUGGUCAAGGUCAUUAUCGACACAAAGGUCAAGAACUUUGAUGUCGAUGCCACUGCUAUUGGGCAGGAGGCCGCUCAGAGGGGUAUCCUGAAGCUCAACAACCUCGACAUCGAGACCAUUUACAUCUCUACCUUGCAGAUCAAGGCGUACUUUGACCUGUUACAGAUGAUCUGCCAGAUGUACACCAACGUGCACGCCCAGUACAUCAACCCCGGCUUAGACCUUCUCACGGACUUGAGCAAGGUCACCAAGACGGCGGAAGAGAUUGGCCCCAAGCGUGACGCUUUGAACGCCUUCACAGACAAGGCCCACAAGGCUAUCAACCAAAUUGUUGAACAGAAACAACAAGAAAUCUCCAACGGUUUGCAAGACCGUAUCGACGCCAUCGCCGAGCAGACCGAUAUGCUUCACAAGGUUGGCGUGCCGAUGCCUGCGGCUGGCAUCAUCCAGGCUAUGAGAAGCGGUGGUGAGAUGAUCCAAGAUGCUGUCAAGGAUAACUUGCCUACCGGUAUGCGCAUUGAGGUGAAUGCCGAUGCUGCUUUUGACAUGUGA